AUGACGCAAGUGAAAGUAACAGUCGGCGUCCUGGCACUACAGGGCGCGUUUGAAGAACACCUGAAGCUGCUGCAAAGGGCAUCGACCUUGUUUUCAAGCCGGAAUGUCGCCGCCAAGCAAGUCCCCGAAUUUGAGUUUCUCGAGGUCCGGACGCCGGAUCAGCUGGCCCGGUGCGACGGCCUCGUCAUCCCGGGUGGUGAAAGCACCACGCUAGCGUUUGUGGCCAGGCAGACCAACCUGAUGGAGCCCCUGAGGAAUUUUGUCAAGGUCGACCGCAAACCAACCUGGGGAACCUGCGCAGGCCUGAUCCUACUCGCAGACGAAGCCACGGGUGCCAAAAAGGGCGGCCAGGAGCUGGUCGGCGGCCUGCACGUCCGCGCGCACCGCAACCACUUUGGCCGGCAGGUGCACAGCUUCCAGGCGGACCUGGACCUGCCAUUCCUUGGCGAAAAGGCUGCGCCAGGAAGCGAAGGUGACGAUGAAUCCGCGGCGACGAUGACGACGCGUCCUUUCCCUGGCGUCUUCAUCAGGGCACCCGUCGUCGAGACGAUCCUGUCAGACGACGCCGCCGGGGAUGGUGAUCGCGUCGAGGUGCUGGGGACCGUGGUGCGGGGCCAGGACCGCGACGAGAAGGACAUCAUUGCCGUCAGGCAGGGUAACGUGUUCGCCACGAGCUUCCACCCGGAGCUGACGGACGAUGCGCGGAUACAUUUGUGGUGGUUGGGGCAGGUGGUUGAUAGGUUGCAGGGAAGGUGA